UGGAAAGAGGUCAGCUGAUGGGCUGUAGACACGUCACAGGCUGCGCCGGAGAGUGCUUGUCUGGUACCGUCUUAUGGCAUACGUGGGUGGGUAAGAAGUUGAUUCCUUAUCAUGGAGAAGCUGGGGAUGAAUUUUGGAGGAGGCCCUAGUAAGAAGGAGCUACAGGAGUUGGUGGAGAGUCAGCGUAAGCAGCUACAGCAGUAUCAGACACGUUUAAAAGAUGUUGUGCGGGCAUACAAAAGCCUUCUAAAAGAGAAGGACGCCCUGGAAGCGAGUCUGCGUGUCCUGUCCACCUCUCAAGAACCGGGAUCCCUGGUUUCAGAGCCUGAGGAGCCCCAUGAUGACCAGCGUUCCACACACAGUGAAGACAGUGUGGAUACAGCAGGCAGUGUACCCAGUGCCAGAGGGGGAGAAACCAGCGAGGAUGAGAGACCUGAAUCUGCUGCACAAGGAAGCGGUGGGGGUACAGAAGAAGCUAGUGGUUCUGAGAGUGGGGUUAGCACAGCCAGUGGAGAGGGAGGUCUAGCAUCUUCUGGAGAGACUGAUCGAAGGAUGGUGCAGCUCAAGAACCAGCUGGCAACGCUAACCAGUGCCCUGGCCACAGUAACACAAGAAAAAUCACGAAUGGAGGCCUCCUACCUGGCAGACAAGAAGAAGUCUAAGCAGGAAAUGGAGGAUGUAAUGCAGAGAAUGGAAGGGGAGCACAGUGGUCUGCGGGCUGAGAUCCAGAACCUCCAGGAUCAGUUGGCUGAGACCAAGGCCAGACUGAUAAGCCAGCAGCAUGAUCGUGCACAGGAACAGACAGACCAUGCAGCAAUGCUGAAAGAGCUGCAGCGUCUUGUACAAGGAGAACGAGACAGUAGGCAGGAGGCUGAGCUCCGGCUGGAGGAGGCCAGACAGGAGCUGGCAAAAAGAUCUGAGCUGUCUCUGCGGGCGGAUGCAGCAGACGAGCAGUGGAGGAAGCUGCGCAAGGAAUCGGAGGAGCUGAAGAAGGAGUUACUGGAAGUAAGGAAGCAAAGAAAAGAGCCCAAUCCUGUGGUUGUGGAGCUACAAGGAGAGCUGUGCAGGAUGAAGGAAGAAAUGGAGGCUCUGCUGCAGGAGGAGAGGAGAAAGAGGCUAGAUGAGGAGCAGCAGAAUCUACAGCGCUUACUGCAGGAAGAGCAACGGAUUCGUUCUCUUGAGUCUCAGGUGUCUGAGAUGUCUGAGCUCCUGGGAGCUACUGAGACCUCCAAACAGAGGGAUCAGCUCACCAUCCGGAAACUGCGUGAGCGACUUUCUCAGCUAGAGACUGAGAACAGGACUCUAGCGAUGGCUACCUGCCUGAACCCUACUCCAGAAACUGUUAAACCUGCCACAGGUGAGGAUGCUGAAGAUAGUGUGGAGCAGCGGGCAACUGCUAUCUUCUACCAGCAAGAACUUCAGCAACUGAAGGAGGAGUUUGAACGUUACAAGGCACGAGCACAAGGCGUUCUGAGGACCAAAGGGACAAAGGAAGGUGAGCUAGAGGCUGGCAGAAAGCAGAUGGCAGAACUGAAAGAAAAAUAUGUCUCGCUGAGACUUUCAGCAGAGGAAGCAGCGAACAAACACAAAGCAGAAAUGGAGAAUGCUCGCAAAGAAUUGUCACUUUUAACCCAGUCUCACCGGCAGGAGCUGGAGGCAGUGAGGAGGGAGGGUUGGGAAAAUAUGGCACGACUGGAGGAGGAAUUAAGGCAGCAUAGAGAACGAGUGAUGGCAGUGCUUAAUGAGAAGGAACAGGAGCUAGAAAGGCUAAGAGAAGCCAAAGUGCCUGCAGUCAUUCUGCCCUCAAAGCCAGACCCAUUGGACAAUGGUCUUGAGCUUCCCCAGAGCAACUCCUCAUCUUUUCUUGUGUAUGCAGAGCAACUGUCCCGUAAAGAAGCAGAAAUUGGAAAUCUGCGGCGCAGGAAACAUGAACUUGAGGCAGAAUUGCAGAGUAUGCAGGAACGGUUAGCUGAGCAAGGCGAGGAGACACACAAUUUACGGGAGCAAGUGGAGAAAGCACUGCGUGACAAAAGAAGAGAAGGGGCCAAUCUGGAAUAUCUAAAAAAUGUUUUAUUCGGAUUUUUGACCCUCCCAGACCCGCGAGGGCGACAGCAUACACUGAGUGCACUGUUGGCUGUCCUGCAUUUUUCACCUGAGGAAAAGAGUGCUGCCCUGCGAGCACAAGAUGGGAGUAGGUGGUGGGCUGGUGGAAAAAGAUGAUAAGGGAUGUGGGGCUAUGGGACGGCUCCUCUUUCAAUACCUUGUACUUUGUGAUUUUGAGAUGCAUUUUUGUACAAAAGGACUAUUAGGAAAUUGACAGCUCUUGCGCAAAAUGUGAUUAUAGACACCUGACACUUUCUGUGAAGGUAAAACAGAGUUAUUUGGCACAAUAUUACUAGAAGGGAAGUAAAUGUCUGUAGAAUAAAAUGUAAAAGAACUUUACCAGCGAAUACAAGCA